UCCAGCUGCGGCCGCACUGAGUUUAUUAACAACAUAGAAAACAACAAAUUUAUUAGCAAAAUGGUUAGCAGAAAUAUAGAAAGCACGAGUAAGGUGCACACUUUCCAUGUCAUCCGCGAGGUCUACGACAGUUCCAAUGCCCAUGAAAGAUUCGAGGCGGAACUGGACAAGGCGCUGGAAGCCAAGGUGGACUUCAUCAUCAUAGAGCCGCCUCGCUUGGGCGACGAAACUGGUCGCUGGAUUUGGGUGGGCAACUGCCUGCACAAGACGGCGGUGGCCACUGGAGUGGUUUCCCUGGUGGCCAGCUUGCUCUGGCGGGAUCGCCCCAUCAUUGCAGCACCCGCUUGUGCACUCUCCAUAUUUUGCACAGGACUCUACACGGUCUCUUGGAACUAUGAUCCUUGCUGUCAGUAUCAGGUAGAAAAUAAUGACACUGUGUUGGAGAAACUCCCGCUGACAGAUGUCUCCUCGCCUGUGAUUUUGGGCUACUCGUCCAACUCAAAAACCAAAUACUUGCACCGUGGCGUAUCCUUCCUCUCGGCUGCCCUGUGCGCCUGGCAGAUUUGGCGGUCCUACAAGUAGGGGAUUCGAUGGAGCUCCUAAUAUGGCCAGCAGCUGGAUUAGGCCUGUCCCCUGCGGAGGCGUAAUACCUAAUAAGUUUAGUUUAAGCAAAUAGGCGAAUGCAUUUCUUUUAGAUUUUCGAACGAUUUUAACACAAUGUACUGUCUUUCGUGAAAGUUUUAAAUGUUCCCAAGUCCCAGGCGACGUCUCUGACCAGUGUGUCCAUGUUUAGUGUUUCCGUGGCUGCCACUUGGACUGGCCAGCAUGCUCAUAACUUAUUACGGUUCCCAAGCCUAAACUAGUCUUAAGGGAGGAGCAGCCUCUGCACUGUAAAUUAAGCAAAGCCAACCACUGUGUAUAAAGCAAAACCCAUUUAUGAUUGUUAUUAGAGUCUAGUUGAAGAUAUCAGAAAGCGAAAGUCAAAUAAACGCGAUGCGAAUGUUACUCCCCGCUUUAAAGUUAGCCCACAGUUAAGAGAGUUUGAGAAUGAGUGCGAUAAGACCCCUUGAAUUCCCAGCUGAUGAUUUACGGAAAUGUUCUGCUUCAUGCGGGCACUCUGCCUCGUUCUCGUCUCAGUCGUUUUAUGCAUUCAGCUGGCAGUGGUUGACAGCACCGACUCCGAUCGAUCGAGUGGUGUGUUCCAGUGCGAUCCGGUAAGAAGCUGACCCACUCCACGACACCACCUUGAUGCCCAGGCAGAUGCAGAUGCAGCCAGAGCCGUUUAGCCAUGGACUCCAGUCACAUAGCCGUGCGAGCGGCACGCCGUAGCCCCUCGCCAGCCGCAGUCUCCCAGUCUACGUAUGGCAGCCUGGAAUCCAUCCAAGAUAUACACAUUCGAGUCGACAAGGAUUGCGGUGUCGGCGAAUCCACUCCCCUGCUCUCAGCUGCUCAGCGGUCCACCACGGCGCCCUCAUCCCUCACAGCCUCCUCCUCCUCGACGGCUUCUUCUGCGGGUGGCCCUCCGGUAAAUCCGCUCCACAAAGACUGCUUCAAUUGGCGCUCGGUGGGACUGCUGGUCAUGUGUGCCUCCGCCUUGGCACUCGCCGCCUAUUUGCUCUGGAGACAAACCCAAACGCCGGACUUUGGCUACCGACUCAGUCUGAUUGGGCAUGAUGUAUGGUCGGAUAUGGAUCUCCAGGGUCGGGGAACUCUUUUGGAUCCGAUCCGUGUCUACACAGUGGUUUUUACCCAUACCGAGGGCAGUGAGUGCCAUGAUGAUUGCCCGGAUAUAUUGCGUAAGCUGGAAAGGUCACAUCUGGGGGAGCUGCCCUACAAUUUCAUGGUCGCCGGUGAUUGCCAGGUCUUCGAGGCAAGAGGAUGGCACUACCGGAGCAAUUUCUCGCGGGAUCUUCCUGGGAGCGACUCCUUGGUGACGGCCUUCGUGGGUAACUUCAGCGACAGACCACCCAUCGAUUGCCAGUUGAUGGCCGCCCAGGCUCUGAUCCUGGAGUCCCUGAAGCGCCGCAUUCUGCAGCAGGAGUACCAGCUGUACGUAAUGGGCAGCAAUACGGAAGCACUGCAGCGCGAAGUGAGGCACUGGCCGCAAUACGCGAGCCACCAAACGGCCAAGUGAAUCCACAAACAGACGCUUCCAAAUUAUUCCACUCGUUUAUUGUACGCCACAAACACAAACAGUAUACAAAGAAGCGCAGGAUGAGUAAAGCGGGUGCCACCGAUAAGCGAAUCAGGGAUCCCCAGGAUCGGGCGCUGGCCAGGAUCGGGCGCUGGCCAGGAUCGGGGGACCGGCAAAGCGUUGCGCAUUGGGUUAACGGAUGAUGCCUAAGACUAAGGACUAUAAACUUAAACUAGAACUGGGUCUAGAACUGGCUAGUCGAACUCCAGUUUCCGAAAGCUGCCCUCGAUGGACUCGAUUUGUGAAACGAAAUUUGGUCCGCCGGUGGAGGCCUUUUCGGCAUUGAAGCUGCUUUUCCGCUGGAUGCCGCGAUCGGAGAGCAGAAUACUCUUGUCCAGGCCAAGGAUUAGGUCCCGCUUGGUCGCUAGCUCCUGCUUCCACAGCUCGAUCAUCUCACGCAUGGGCAUUUUGCCACCCAUUUCCUGGGGCAGACAGCCCUGAUCCACGCACUUCAUCAGCUCCUUUUCGCUUCCGUAGAUGAUCAGGCGGUUCUUCAUCUUGGAACUGACGCGAUUCUUCACGAAAUCAAUGAGCCACUUCAGUGUGGAUGGCACAUUGAUAAGGUGGAUCUCCUUGUGACGCAUGGGCAACGACUGCUCACCCCACUUGAAGAUGCGGGCAAACUCCGUGGGAUUCCAGUUGGUCACAUGCGCCGUGGUCACGCCGGCAAAGUCACCCACAUGCGUCAGCCCCGUGAUCUGUGUCUCCUGAUCCUCCAUCAGGCACUCGUAGGUGAGGAAGUGGGCCUUGGCCUGGUCGCAGCUGGUAUGGAUCUUCGGAUUGAGGCCUUUGGCAUUGAUGACCACCACCCGGCGGCCGUGCUUAUCCCGCUGUGGCACCGCAAAUAUGUAGCCCUGAUCGAUGAGGUCGCCGAGUCGCGGCUCCAGGUAGUCCAGCUGGGUGCUCAUGUGCGGGAACGUGCGCCUGAUGUUCAGGUACUUGAGUAGCGUCUGCUCGGCCAUCGGCACACUGAACUUCUUGGCCCGCAGGAAGCGCAGCAGGAAGGUGUCGUCGCAGCGCACAUUCUGCAGAUCCUCGUUCUUGGCCACCCAAUUCCGCAGCUGCUCCAGACACUGCUCCCGGGUGCAUCGAUCCUCCCGCAGCUCCCGCUUGGCGAUCUUCAGCAGCGCCUCUGGCAGGGCUGUCGUCUCUCCCUGGUCCUGCACCAUUUUGGUUGGUUCCUUCUAUGCUGGAAAUCUGCGGCUUGUUGUGGCUGCUCUGUGGUCACGCGUUGAGCAUGGAUUGCGGUCACUGCAAAGAAAGAUAGGGAGUGCAUGGAUUAGUUGGGUUUUUUUCUCAAAGGCGCUUUGUAUGAUUAAUAAUAUGCGGUUGAAGAGACUGACUUUACUUACUUACUUACUUGUAAAAUGCAUAAUUAUAAUA